UACCUGAGCAAUAACUCAGGAUACAAAUAGCAGCAUUAUACUCCCUAUCAACACUCUGUUUCUCUUUCUCUGUCUCGCACCUCAGCCGGAUCGACUGGACCAGACCUCACAGAUUGGACACAAUGAGUCCGAAGAAUGUCAUCUUUAAGAAAGCGUGCAAAGACAAAUCGGUGGCUGUGUAUAUGGGGAGACGUGAUUUUGUUGAUCACGCCGAUUCAGUGGAUCCAGUAGAUGGAGUUGUUCUAAUAGACCCCGAGCUUCUGAAAGGCAAAAAAGCAUACGUCACCCUGUCCUGUACGUUCCGCUACGGGAGGGACGACAUGGAUGUGAUGGGAAUAGCGUUCAGGAGAGACAUUUACCUCUCCACCCGGCAGAUCUACCCCUCUCUGCAGGAUAAGGAACAGUGCACUCUGACCAAAGUGCAGGAGAAACUGCUACGCAAACUGGGCUACAACGCAUACCCCUUUUUCUUUGAGUUCCCUGAUAAUCUGCCUUGCUCCGUGGGACUGCAGCCGGCUCCUACCGACGUGGGCAAGCACUGUGCUGUCGAGUUCGAAGUGAAGGUCUUCAGUGCUGAGAACCUGGACGCUAAAGUCCGCAAGAGGAGUACAGUACGUCUGAUGAUCCGUAAGGUCCAGUACGCUCCAGAGAAACCUGGUCCAGCGCCUUCGGUCUCUAUCACUCGUGACUUCCUCAUGUCAGACAAACCCCUGCACGUGGAGGCGUGCCUGCAGAAGCAAACGUAUUAUCACGGAGAGCCGAUCAAGGUACGAGUAAGCAUCAAUAACGAGUCUAACAAGAAUGUGAAGAACAUUAUUCUUUCUGUGGAUCAAAUCGCCAACGUUGUUCUGUACUCCAACGACAGCUACAUGAAGUCAGUGGCCACAGAGGAUUCUGGAGACACCUUGGGUCCAGGUGGGAAAAUGGAGAAGGUAUACACACUGCUCCCCCUGCUGGCUAACAACCAGGACAGGCGAGGAAUUGCACUGGAUGGAAAACUCAAGCAUGAAGACACCAAUCUGGCCUCCACUAGCAUAAUUAAAGAGGGAGUCUUGAAGGAGGUCUUGGGGAUUCUGGUGUCCUACAGAAUCGCAGUAAAGCUCAUCAUUGGAGGGCUGAUGGGAUCCAGUGAGAUCGGGCUGGAGCUGCCGUUCCAACUGAUGCACCCGAAGCCUGAAUCAGUGAGAGAAAGCGAGACGGAUGACGACAUGGUGUUUGAAGAUUUCAAGCGCUCGUUUAUGAAGGGCGUGACAGAGGAUGACGAGGAAGGGAAUAUUUCUGCUGGGGAGCCUUGAGAAACCUCCGAGGAACCAAUCGCUAGCUGGAAUGCUAGCUAGAUGGCCGACCUUCUGGAGUUGUAGAGAGAGGAGCGAGUUAGAGAGCGCUCAACUCUGAACGUCUGAAUUACAUUGAGAUGAGAUGUUGCAGACUUCCUGUAGUGGACUAGUAAAAAAAAAAAAAAAAAAAAAAACUGGCUCUCGAUCUUGAAUCUUUUGCCAGUCGUUUUAUGUUCAGUCGUAGUUUUUUAAAUGGUUCCAAAUUGAUAUACUGUAAGUCCACAGAAUAUGGCCAGUGAUUUUAGACCUU